CUACGAUUUCACUAGUUUGAUUUUUAGCUUGUGUUGAAUUGUUGAUGUCGUAUUUCAUCUUGUGUUCGUGAAAAUAAUAAUAUAGCUAAAAAUGGGGAAACGCUCAAUAAAUACCACUAAAAGUGGGAAAUUUAUGAAUCCAACAGAUCAAGCACGAAAAGAGGCCAGGAGACGAGAACUGAAGAAAAACAAAAAGCAAAGGCUGCUCGUUAGGCAGACUGUUUUAAAGGGGAAAGAUCCAACUACCAUCUUUUCAGAACUUGAAAAAAUUGAUCAAAUGGAAUUCAACCCAAUUCAAUCUGCACCACUUAGUGAAAAAGUGUUAAAGGAAAAGAGGAAAAAGCUAAGGGAUACAUUAAAUAGAAUCAUGAGACUCUAUGAAAAAGAAGAACCUACUCAGUGGACUCAGAUCAAAGCAAUGGAAGUUCAGUAUGAAAAAAGACGAGCUGAACUAAUCAUCUACUGUGAGUCAGUAAAGCACACUCAAACAGUAAACCUGGAAGAGAUCCCCUUGCCAAACCUGGAUUCAUCAAGUACUUCAGGCUCUUUACUUCCAGCCCCUCCAGGCAUUUUAAAGAAAAUCAGCAGCUAUGGAUUGUUCCGAAAACCACCUGGUGUUCCUUCUGUUCCACCCCCUGAAAUAUAUGACAUUUGGGAUGAGGGUGAUGGAGCAACAGUGGAACCUGGUGUUCCUGGAAUUGACGACGAAGAAGAAGAUCUCCCUCCAUAUCACACAUACUACCAAUUCAUUCGUCCUCCCCUUGAAGAUAUCGCUUUGCCCAAAGACGCUAUGGAAGAAGAUGCUGAAAUGGAUGACGACUACGAUGAGGACGAAGAUGAUGAUAGUGACGAGGACAGUUCGGAAGCAGCCUCUAAAUCGGCUCCAGUAGUUCCCGAGCCCCCUCGACCUACAACACUUCAACAGCGAAUGUUAGCCAUUGCUGGUCAAGAUGUCAACACAGUUAUUCAAGAGAUGGACUAUUUGCAUCGCCAAAAAGAAAUGAACCGUCAAGUAACUCAUGAAACACGAAAGGCGAGGAUGGAAGCGGGAGAUUUUGACGAAGAUCCUUCGACGGAUAAUAACAAGUACACUCCGCACAUGCCACCUCACCCUUCACAGUUCCCGCGACCUCCGAUGAUGCCUUCCUAUGGACCUUAUGGUUCUAUGGGCCCACCUCCGCCAAUGGGAUAUGGUGGUUUUGCUCCUCCGCCAAUUCCAGGAUCGAGACUACCGCCUGGUCCUCCACCUAGAAUGCCACAAGGAUUAACACCACGUCUGAUUCGACCUCCCGGCAUGCCUCCCCCACCGCCACCAGGUAUACGCCCGGGUGCACCAUCUAUGCUUAGCACUCGUCCACAACUAGGUGCUGGAGCUCCGUCUAAGCCAUCGUCGAAACCUACUGCUUCCAUUAUCGAGGCCAAGCCUCAAAUGCGUAAUCUAAGCGCAGAUUUGACAAGAUUCGUUCCUACUACGUUGAAAGUGAAGAAAGAUAUGCCACCCAAAAAAGAUCUGGCCAAAUCAAGUGCCAAUCCUCAUAUUGAAUGGAGGACUCCUCAAGUUCAGGUUGCAACCGCCAGCAAACCCGCAACAGUAACUCAACCUCCCGUCAAAACAAAAGACGACGCUUAUUCGCAAUUUAUGAAAGAAAUGCAGGGAUUUAUGUAAGCGAUAUGUAACUUUUUUUGUUCUCACUUUUCAAUAUACGAAACAAUCUAGUUCUGA